AUGAAGCGGCGUGAUGUUGUAAAGGCACGGCAUGGCGACAGCAACUUCCUGGACAAGGAUGACAAGCAGCAGGGGGAGAAGGCACUGAGGGCUUUGAAGCCGAUUGCAGUCGACGCGGAUCCGUUUCUGAGCCUCGAAGCUAUGGAGACAAUGCUCGGGCACCAGCGCAUGGAGAUGCACCGACUCAUUCACGGCUACCAUGAGACUGCCAUGAGAUUUUUGAUUCGAAAAGAAUCAGACUACCGAAGGUCGGAGAUGGAAGUGAAGGAUUUGAAAUCCCAGAAUGAGGCUUACAAGAAAGUUGGGCAAGGAUGGGAAUCGCCUGUUGGAAGCAAGGACAUCGGUGGUGGCGACAAAUCCACUUUUGUGCUGAAUGUGCAGCUUGAAAGAACGCGUGAGCAGCUUCUGGAGUGUGAGAAGCAGCACCGGUUUGCACAGGCCGAAAACUUUGAGCUGCGUGAGCAGCUUGCUGCGAUGCAGGCUGUUGGAGCUGGUUACGGGGGCAUUCUAAGCUCCCCCUUGGGUGCGCAAAGCAAUCCCAUGUGGUCUGAUAGCUGGUCAGUGCCCAAUGCUGAGUUCGCACCUCCAAUGCAUGAAACGACUGAAGAUGGCCUCCCUGUGAAGGGUACAGUCACUGCCUUCUUGGAGAAGCUUAGCACGACUCAGUCCAACCCUCUUGACCGCCUGGAGCGGGCGCAGUCAAAGCUGGACGCGUGGGCUUCGCAGCACCAUCCAAGGCCAGACCCUGCACUGGCAUCACUGAACCAGGUGGACUACAGUACAAUGGAACUUCCUGGCAUGAUGGACAUCAAGCCAGACGUGGUUGAAGACAAGGUCACCACAAACGAUCAGGAUGACGAUGAGGAAAUUGCAGUUGGGUACAUUCGCUCAGGCAAGAAAAAGAAGAAGAAAGACAACAAGCGCAGGAGCCUUAUGAUGAAGGACAGAGUUCAGGAUCUUUUCGACAAGCCGCUGAAUGUUAAGGACAAAUACAAGACUACUGGCCUCACACAGAAAAUCGUGCGCAGCGCGAUGUUCGAGAACACCUGCAUGGGGGUUAUCUUCUUGAAUGCUAUCUGGAUUGGCAUCGAGAUGAGCUUUAAUCCAGCAGAAGUGCUGGCCUAUGCCGACCCGCCUUUCAUCAUCGUGGAGAAUCUCUUCUGUGUUUUCUUCUUCGUUGAGAUUGUGCUGCGGCUACAUGCAUUUUCGAGGAUGUGCAAUGCCUUCCGUGACAGAUGGUUUGUGUUUGACCUGACCCUCGUAAUCCUGAUGGUGCUGGAGACCUGGCUUAUGUUCCUCAUCAUGACUGUGUCGACGGACACCUCGCAAUCUCAAGAGCAGGUCUUCGACUCUUCAGUCCUUCGACUUCUGAAGCUCUCACGCCUCACUCGUGUGGCACGGAUUGCACGCCUCCUUCGCCAAGUGCCGGAGGUGAUGAUCCUGCUAAAGGGCAUUGGAGUAGCAUCACGCUCUGUGUUCUUCACUUGUUUAAUCCUCCUGUCCGUUAUCUACAUCUUUGCUAUCGCCUUGACCCAGCUUUCCGAAGAUACUCCCCUGGGUAAAGCGUAUUUCCCGACACUCGUAGAUGGGAUGUUCUCGCUUCUCUUCCAUGCUUGUUUCUUUCAGGGCCUUCCAGAUUUCGCCCGUCUUUGCUUCCAGGAGAACUUUCUUUACGGUUUGUCGCUGCUGGUCUUUGUGGUUCUUGCCCCUCUGACCGUUAUGAACCUUAUAGUUGGAGUGCUCGUGGAGGUGGUUGGUGUUGUGGCCGCAGCUGAACAAGAAGCGGCAACCAGGAAUGCUAUCUUUGAAGCUCUACAAGAGGCGCUCUACAGGCUGGGCACUACGAAGAAGGAGGAUGUGAUCUCGCGGGGCGAGUUUGCAGGCCUCGUGAAUCGGCCUGAUCUGGUGAGCAUCUUCCUGGAAUCCGGCAUAGAUGUCGUGGCCAUCCUCCGUGAUCCUGACAUGGUUUUCGCCGGCGAAGCCGAGAUGAGCAUUACAGAGUUUCUGGAAGAGACGAUUGCACUCCGAGGCUCGAACCCUGCAACGGUCAGAGAUCUUGGACAGCUGAAGCUGCAGAUCCUCCGAGAGAUGAGAGCGCGCGGUCGUCCGAUGCCCAUGUCGAGGUAG